UUCACCAACAAUUAAAAUUGACCUUCAACACAUCUUAUUAACAUAAGAAACCAUUUUUUCUUCUUCAUUCUUGUCAGAAGUUGAGUGAGUAACAACUAAAAAAAUGAAGCUGCUAGAUUGGAUGCACCGCAAGUUUCGAAAUGGAGAGCCAUUGAAAGAAUUUACUACAGGGAACCCAUGCAAUUGUUUAAUGGGCCAACCAUCACUUGAUGACUUUGACUACUAUCCAAAGUCAAACUAUUACACCAAACAGUCCAACAAAUCAAGAGAAAACCAGCUUCGAAGAUCGUUCGCGUGUCUAGAAGCCGUGAGUGCAGAUGACGAACAUAUGGAGGAAGAAUCCUCGGAAGCACUUUCUGAACUUUUUCAUGGAUUUCUAGCGAUAGGGACGCUUGGAAUGGAUCCGGUCACUAGUGAUCCAGCAACACCUACCUUUUCCACAUCAGUUGAAUACAUAAUGGAAAAGGAAACCGAAGCAACCGAAAAUGAGCUGCAGUUCUUCAACGAUGAGCUGGAAAAGGUGUUAAUCGCUGAAGGGAAAGAAGACGAUUCAUCUGGGCGAAACAGUUACGUUAGUAAUGGAAGAAGCAGCCACGGCAGUACGAUUACGCUUAGUGGGAAGCCUCUAGAAGCUUCUGAAAGCGAGUAUGGGUCGGUUGCGUGCCCGCUUCAGGGUUAUCUGUUUGGUUCAACUGUUGGGCUGCCUGAAACAACUAGUGGAAAGAAGGAACAUAGGACAUCACUUGGGGAGUUGUUUCAGAAAACUAAAUUGGCUGAAGAAAAUAAUGGGAAUAAAUGCAACAGGGUUGAGAAAAUGAAGGAGAAAGAUAAAGAAACUGAAAAGUCUGCUGUCCACCUAAUGAAAAAGAUACUUAAAGGAAAAAAGGCCUCUGGAGGAACCAUUGAUACUGCUUCAGCUGAUAAGAAACUGAAUAAGAUCCUACAUAUAUUCCAUAGAAAAGUCCAUCCAGAAAACACACCAAAAUCUCAAAACCGUUCCAGGUUUGCGAUGAGCUGCACCUCCGUGAACGACGAUGGGUAUAAAAAAAGAAACCAAAUGCAUUCUGGGGAAGACAUCCCUAUGUUUCCUCAGGAUAUUUCUAAAAAGACUGCAAACAACACAAAAGGCAACAUGACAUGUGGUGCCAGUGAUUCAAAUGGGAAUAGAGAAUGCUGGAUCAAAUCUGAUGCAGACUACUUGGUGUUGGAACUAUAGAAGACAAACAAAGUAUGGGAUGAUGCUGCACUUGGUUGAAUAUGCCAGGAAGAAGUAUGAUAUGAACUCAUCGUGUGAUGAAAAUGUUUCGAGUCUUGUAAGAUAGAAUGCUUGUGAUAAUAAGUAAAUGUCCCUUUUUGUUUUCAAGUACUUUAAUAUGUAAUGCUUGUAUGCUUUCAGAAGAUCUUGAACUAAUAUCAUAUAUACUGUACUAAUGCU